AUGGAUGUUUUACCGAGUUACGACGAAGAUUUGCAUCAAGAAGCUAGCAACAUGGCGCACGAGCACACCACGCCACCUAUGGACAUCGCGCUCUUGCUUCAGGAAAUUCGGUCCGGGAAUCAAGCCCUGAGUGACAAACUGGACAAACACACGACAGAGAUCAACCAGUCUAUCUCGGGGCUAAAGACAGCACUCGAUGGUUUAAAGUCCUGUGUUAACGAAACGGAGGACCGCAUAGGAGCAGUGGAGGAUGAGCGGAGUGACGUGAGGCCCAGGUGGCCAAACUUAUCAAAGACAAGACAUUCUUAA